AUGAAUCGCGAAAUCCUUGUUCCGAAGGGGACUGUAGCACAUAUACAGGAUGGAAAAUUCGUGCACUAUAUCUGUCAAGACAACGGAAGUUCAGAGUUGAGAGGGAUAACAUUGAACUGUGAAGGAAGAACUACUGCCAACGAUACCUUGGGCUUCGCAUUACCGGGAACCCCUGGCUCGUAUAUAUUAUUCAAAGAAAUGCGGGCAUUUUACUGUGUAUCACAAGAGAAUAUUCUUCAAGAAUUCUUGUUGGACGAAGACUUGAUAUGGUAUGAAGGAAUGCUUCAAGAUGAAAGAAUCAAGUUGGCACCAAAUUCCGGGAUUGCUGCCACCAGGACUAUUUCUGGUAACACCUUUGUUUUCUUCCAGAACGAAGGUGGCAACCUCCAAUACGUCCACAGCGACAAGACUGAUGAAUGGAAAAUCGGCGAUGAACUGGAACAGGCAAAACUGGGUCCCGGUGCGAGCAUGUAUGCAGUAACCCUGGAGCCAAUGCCCCAUUUAUUCUAUGCUCAUCCUGAUGGCCACAUCCAUGACCUUGCAAUGGUCUCGGAUGGUGGAUGGGAUGAUUCCAGUAUUGAGUUGACUGACGUGGGAUCAGUGCAGAGCAAGAUAUUCGUUGUACCUACGAAACUGGGCUAUGGUCUUGAGUUUGAAAUUUCUGAGCGGGAGGUUUAUGCAGUUCAUAAUGGAGAGCGGGUCCUUAUUGGAAAGUAUGUGGGCGGGGUCUAUAAGCACGAAGACGUGGAGACUUUUAUUUGGCAGUUAAAGGCAGCAGUCAACGACUCCGAUGACGAAGAGUGA